AUGGAGCACAAUGUGUCUGCCAAAUAUGCACUUGUGGGUAUGUGCAUUGAGCUAAAGUGUUCGGAAUCGUUGGUGCUUGUUAGCUUACGUUUUGUUCAGAAUUUUUCCAAGCGACACAAAUGCCCUCAUGAUAGAAAUGCCAGUAGUUUUUCGUUGGGUGAUGAUUAUAGUAGCGGACAAUUUCCAGAUUCGUUGAAGGCAGCAGUGAUUGGUCCAUAUGCUCCAACAAGUACUAAUAUUAAUGACAUCGAUAAGAACUUGUCGAACGAAACGAAGAGCAGAUACAUCGAAAGGAUGGCACUGAAGCAACGAAAUCAGAGUUCACAGGAUUCCAGCCCAAGAAAAGCAUUAGUGGGCAAUAAAAUCAGCCGACCAGAAGUCUAUCGAAAUAGAUCAGAAAUCGAAGACAAUGCACCGAAAAGAGAUGUAGCGGAGCAAAUGAUCAUGCACCACAAGAACAACGUAAUCGAUUAUAAUACCAAUGAUAAAAACGACAGUGGAAUAAAAGAUAUUUCUCCUAGCAGAAAGAAACGCCAGCUAUCACACAUGGGCAUCAUUUUUCAAGACGAUAGCGAUAGAAAUCAAAUCCUUGAGAUCAAGCCUACAAAGGUCUCUGAAAUCCUUAACCGAAAUGGGUCAUUCACUGGUAGUCUGACCCUGAAACAGCAACACUUCAGCAAGGAAGAACACUACGAAACAAAGCAACCGAGCGAUUGCAGUAUUUUCAACAACAACGGAUCCCUUACCGACAAAACAGUGAAACAGCAAGAGUAUGCACUCAGAAAAGGAGAAUGGAAUGAAACGAAGCGGCCUAAAGACUCCGAGAUUCUCAUAGGAGAUGGAUCGUUCACCGACAAGACCAUGAACCAGCAGGAUUAUGUCGUAAACAAA